AUGGCUCCAAUCACUACCAAAAAGUCCAAGCAAGUUAAGAAGUUCGUCGUUGACGUUUCUGCUCCAACUGAAAACCAAGUUUUCGACCCAUCUGCUUACGCCAAGUACUUGAUCGAACACAUCAAGGUUGAAGACCGUCUCGGUAACUUGGGUAACAACAUCACCAUUGAAGAAGAUGAAGAAAAGGUUAUAAUCCUUGCUUCUAACGGUACCUUCUCUGGUAAGUACUUGAAGUACUUGACCAAGCGUUACUUGAAGAAGAACCAAAUCAGAGACUGGAUUAGAUUCGUUUCUGUUAAGCAAAACUCUUACAAGUUGCAAUUCUACUCCAUCAACGCUGAUGAAGAAGAAGAAGAAGACGAUGAAGAAUAG